AUGAUAUAUCAUCCUGACCUGACCGACGUGGACCUGCAAUCUUUCGUACCACACGAGCUCGUAAGCCUUACAUCCACCCGCGAAAACGAGACUUAUAGCACACGAUUGAUGUACUCAGCUCGCAACACCAGAAAAGAGAUGUCAAACACCAACACAUACACUGCUAUGCCUGGCUUUCUUCCAGGAGCUGGAUACCAGCCCAGCUGCUUCAAACCACAACAAACAGCCGUUAACCCACGUCUCACCUACUUCAUCACUCGCAGCAAUGGCAUGCCGGUUCCUCUGAUUCCAGCAGAUGAGCUUCCAUUCAACGUAAAAUUGCAAAAUGUCGCUCGCGUUCUGUCUCCUCAGGAUACCUAUGGUCUACAGUAUGUCGGCUGCGCUCCUUACAGUGGCACGACCUUCCAACUUGAGCGCGAUGCUGCUCCUGGCAUGCAUCGCUCAAGCAGCCAGCCACCUGGCGACAAUAUGCAUACACGCACCCAGAGUGGCUCCCACGUCAAGCAAUACCUUGCUGCCGAAGCAUUGAAUCGCCAAGCUCUACCGCAUUGCUCAGGCUUCACGACGUCCACUUUGCCAAAGAGGCCAGUUUCUGCUGCGGACGCUUCCAAGUCCUGGCGCCGCUCUGAUGCAGUCACGCCGCCGCCAGCUACGACGUCCGACACUUCCACUACCGACACUACCCAGGCGGUAAUUGAUGCGAUUCUCCGCUCCGAAGCCGGUGCAGAGACGGCUGAGCGUCUGAACUAUCGACCAAAAGAUACCACCCCUCCACCGUCAGGCAGAAUCCCAGAUCAAGAGAAGAAAGAAUAUUGCACCUAUUGGAUUUUACACGGCGACUGUGCCUAUGUCCAGCAAGGUUGCCGCUACAAGCACGAGAUGCCAGAUAAGGCCAAGCUCUCGGAAAUUGGAAUCAAUCAUGUUCCACGUUGGUGGUUGGAGAAGAAUGCUGCUGUCAAGUUUGGCGAAAAAGCAAUCGUCGGCGAGAAGAAGCCUAUCAGCGAGUGGUUCAAGAUACGCAAGGAUUCCACUUCUGAUGGUGAUGAGAGUGAGAGCGGGAGCGAGGAUACUCCCAGCGAGGCUUCUGAAGAGCAGAAGAAGCCCAUUCCUGUUGGAUUGAAGAAGACUGCCAAGCCAAUCGUCGGCUCAAAGCAGAUUCUCACCAAGUCAGACACUACUGCACGUAGCAAGAGCCCAGCGGUACCACCAACUCGUCCUUCUACUCCGACCACAAACGACAACGCUCGCAAGACAUCUACCGCCAACAGCGACCUGAUCGACUUCGCCACAACCAUUCCAACUCCAUCUACCUCUACAGCUUCGACAGCACGUUCUGCUCCCGCGGCCAACAAGCCCACAACUCCGGAGAGGACCACGAAAGUCUUUGUUCCCGCCGGCGAAUCCCCUGAAGCGCAGAUCGCGGACAUCAAGAAGCGGGCACGUGGCAAGCAGUCUCGCACUCCAUCUCCAUCUCACGUCGGCAUUGGGAAAUUCGCGAAUGGUCUCAUGGCGUCAAGGCACGCUCCAAAGCCAGAGAAGGAGAAAGAGAAGGAAGCUUCUCCAAAGCGUCAGAUUCUGAGAGCGACUUGUCGUCCUCGUCGCGCAGUGGCGUCGAAGGACAGGUUUCUGAGGCUAGGCAUCGAUACUGGGAUAUAG